CUGCCUGCCUGUCUGUCUGUCUGUCUGCGCGUUCAGUUCGGCUUCUAUUUCCGCGUUCACUCGCAGCUGAAGCUGAAUGAGUCUCCACCGCCGCCUCCCCCGCUGCUGCAGCUCUGUGGCUGCCUGACGCAGACAGACCGCGUCCCCGUGCGGGCUUCAUCGCGCACCCGCACCGCUCCGCUCCGCACCGCACCGCACCAUGCUGACGCGGGUGAAGACGGCCGUGGCCAGCCUAAUGGGAGGCGUGAUGGCCGGAGGCUCGAGCGGAGACCACCCCGGCGGCCCGGACCUGCCGCUCAAAUUCCCGUACAACAGACCGGAGUUCCUGGGGCUGUCCACGGACGAGGUGGAGUGCUCGGCGGACCACAUCGCCAGACCCAUCCUGAUCCUGAAGGAGACCAAGCGGCUGCCGUGGUCCACCGGCUACGCGGAGGUGAUCAAUGCUGGAAAGAGCACCUUGAACGAGGACCAGGCCUGCUGUGAGGUGCUGAAGCUCAAGAGGAGACCUCCAGGAUGCUCCACGCCAAACCGGACUCCCACCGCUCGCAGGAGGUCUUCCCUGCCCAACGGUGAGGGCCUCAGCCUCAAGGACGGCAGUGAUGGCUCUGAGGACCUCACCUUUCACUACUGGGCGCUGUUUGACGGACACGCUGGUUCCGGAGCCGCCGUCAUGGCGUCCCGUCUUCUCCAUCACCACAUCGCCCUGCACCUCCAAGAGGUGAUGGAGAUUCUCUGCGCACCCAACCUGCAGCCGCCCACUUGUCUGGACGAGGAACCCGUCAAUCACCUCCUCGCUGCGACAUCCCACCGCGCCCUCUCCAGGGCCACGUCACUGAGAGGUGCCGCCGGCGCCCCCGGUUCCCCCAGCACCCCGCCAGCACGGUUCUUCACCGAGAAGAAAGUUUCACAAGAGAGCCUGGUUAUCGGAGCCAUAGAAAACGCGUUCAAAGACAUGGAUAUGCAGAUCGAGAAGGAGAAGGCGUCCUUCAACAUCUCGGGCGGCUGCACUGCUCUCAUGGUUGCCUGUUUGCAAGGGAAGCUGUACGUCGGGAACGCAGGGGACAGCAGAGCUAUCAUUAUACGAGCUGGGGAAGUCGUUCCCAUGUCAGCAGAGUUCACGCCAGAGUCAGAGCGACGGCGGCUGCAGUUUCUGGCGUACAUGCAGCCGCACUUGUUGGGGAACGAGUUUACACAUCUGGAGUUCCCGAGGAGAGUGCAGAGGAAGGAGGUGGGAAAGAGGAUGCUGUACCGUGACUUCACCAUGUCAGGAUGGGCGUAUAAAACCAUAGAGGACGAUGACCUGAAGUUUCCUCUGAUCUACGGCGAGGGGAAGAAGGCUCGCGUGCUGGCGACCAUCGGGGUAACAAGAGGUUUCGGGGACCACAAUCUGAGGGUGCACGAUUCCAACAUUUACAUCAAGCCCUUCUUGUCCUGCUGCCCAGAGGUCAGAGUUUACCCCUUAUCGCAGUACGAGCAUGGAGCAGAUGACGUCCUGAUUCUGGGAACCGACGGUCUGUGGGACGUCCUCUCUAACCAGGAAGUGGCUGAAGCGGUCACUGGUUUCCUGGCCAACUGCGACCCAGACGACCAGCACAGGUACACAAUGGCAGCUCAAGACCUUGUCAUGAGAGCUCGCGGGGAGCUGAAGGAUCGCGGUUGGAGGAUAUCCAGCGACCGGUUGGGCUCUGGAGACGACAUCUCCGUCUACAUCAUCCCGCUCGCGUAUGGAAACAAGCAGAACUAGCAGCGUUCUACGCAACUACAACCCACAACCCCGGCGUGACCUUCUCGGUUUCCCCCCCGUCCCUGUUUGGCAAAGAAGUGCUUUUGUGUGGAUUUCCUGAAGGAUCCCAGCCGUUUCUGCUCCGAACUGGGAUUUCUGUCCAGGUUUCCGGUUCAUCGCCGUGGUCUAUUUUGGUCUGUUCCGUUACUCUAAAGAAGAAACCGAGAAACCAAACAAUGAAAGGAACUGAUGAUGACUUGAACUACAUUUUUUUUUUUUUUUUUAAAGUCUCGAGGAAGCCAUCUUUAACUUUGCCCCGAGGAACAGCGUUGGGAGCGUAGACUCUCGCGGACAGUGCGGUGACGUGCAUCUCAGGAUUGCUGUUACUCGAUAAUGCACAAUAUUUAUAAAUGUGAUCCGUGUAAAUAUCUGCACAGCAUUUGAUAAAAGGUAGGAUUCAUGGAAUAUUUGCAUAACCUAUGAGAAAAGUGGGGAAAAAAAAGGUCUCAACACUGACAGGGAGGCACAUGUCAAAUUAAAGUAACUCGGCUGCAUGGAGGAAUUCUGUAAAACAGGCCUCCGGUAUUAUUUUGGUGAGCUAAAUUUAGCAGAAACGGAGGAACUAGAAACAGCGGGCCCAGGUUUGACUUCAGCUCAGAGUCGGAUAGAAAGAACAAAAGGCCUCUUUCUGUUGCACUUUGCCAACUUUUUGUCUUCCUCUUCCUCGUUCCUUUGAAUAGGUGCCUCCAACGUAAAAAAACAAAUCUACUGUUUUUCUUUUUUGUACCAUUUGUCAUACAGUGCUCCUAAAUAACACCCGUAAACGGUGACUAUUAAGUGGACAAUCACCUUAUAUCUCUCUACAAUCAAUAUUGUCAGACCCGGUGGCUUUCCGUGCUUUUGUUCAGGUGGAUUCUUGUGAUCACUGCUGUGUCGGUCCCCGCCGAGAGUGCAACACGGUACACGGUAACUUCAUUUACAGUGCCUUGCAAAAGUAUUCACACCCCUUAAACUUGUACACAUUUUGUAUCCAGCUUCAGUGUUCUUUGUUGGGAUUUUAUGUGCAAUAGCGACACAGAGCGGAGUAUCAUUUUACAUAGUAAAGUCUGAAAGGUUUGGUAGAAAUCUGUUUCCCCUCCUCCUUCAGUCAAUGCUGUCUAGAAAUACCUUUAGUUGGUAUUCUACCAGCUUUGUUCAUCUGCAGACUGACGUUUUUUGCCUCUCAGCUUCUUUGCAAAAUAGCUCGAGCGCAGUCAGUCUGUGAACAGCAAAUUUUAAUUCUUGUUACUUAUUGCCAAUACAGUUUGGCUCCGGGCUUUGACUAGGCCAUUGUAAAAUGUAAAUAUGCUUUGGUGUAAACCAUCCCUUUGUAGCUCUGGCUAGUUAUUCAGUGUCAUCCUGGUGAAGUGAACCUGCGCCCCAGUCUCAGGCCUUUUUUCCUAAUAGGUUGCUCCCUUGUCCCUGUGGAAGAAAGUCCUUCCCUGACCACGAUGCUACCACUACCACGCUGCGCUGAGGAAAUUAUGCGACCAGGAUGUUUUGCAUGUAGGUCGGACACGUUCGUUUUAGUCAUGCUUUCAGAAGAAAAACUGCAGGUUUUCUUCUGACGAUUGUUUUCUUCUCGCCAUUGUCAAGCGUCAUGUUUAUCUUUUUGACAGUGCAUCUCUGCAGCUCCUCCAGAGUCGCCACGGGCCCCUUGGCUGCUUUUCUGAUUUAUUGCUCCCUUUGUUUGGCUUACAGUUGUGCCGUGGGUUCCCGUCCUCCCGUGGUGGAUUCUCAGAGAUGUUCAAAGCUUGGGAGCUUGUUUUAUAAUCCACUCCUGCUUUAAACCUCUCUAGGACUUUCAGUGUUCACGAUGCCGCUUCUUCUCUAAAGCUCUGGGGUGUACACCCACAGGCAGACGCCUGAAGCUAGCCGGUGGCUGCUUUUAUUUUAUUUUGGGCUAUCAGAGUUGAGGGUCCCUAAAACAUGUUGAAACACUGUGUACCAUAUUGGACACAGUGAGCUUGUUUAUGCAAUGCGACAAAAUGGGGGCAAAAAAAGUUCCAAGUGGUGUGAAUAGUACUGUAUAGCACUUUAUAUCUCUGCAAUCAUGUUCUGAUCCAGUGGUUUUUCCAUAGUUUGACUGUUUAGAUGUGAUCUUGGUGGCCGUCGCUGAUGUAAAACGCGGGAUGGAGUCAGUUCAUUUAAGUGCAAAUAAAAAAA